AAAUUCCAUUCCCAGAGGCAUUAUGAUAUCUGCUACACCCCUCAUUCAAUCCCACCAACAAAGCCCUUCAUAAAUACAAAACAGAAUUUCUUUUUAGUUUCUGCAAAACCAACUCCUCCUACCUCUACUACUGCUUUCUGGAAUUUUAUUUCCCCCCACAAAAAUAGCGAGGUAUAAAUAAAGGUCAAAAAGGGUGGGAGCCAUACGAAAAAGGAGGAAGAGGGUUCUUGUUCUUUUUCAAUAUUAUGUUAUGUAGCGUUGUAGGGGUGAGAGAUUGAAGGAGAGGUUGUUUCUUGGGGAUCUGGCAUUUGUAUCCUGCUCUAGUGGGCUGCAAAAAUGUCUCAAACCAACUGGGAAGCUGACAAAAUGUUGGAUGUAUAUAUCCACGAUUAUUUAGUGAAAAGAGAUUUGAAGGUUACCGCGCAGGCUUUCCAAACUGAAGGAAAAGUAUCAUCAGAUCCUGUUGCUAUCGAUGCUCCUGGUGGUUUUCUCUUCGAAUGGUGGUCUGUCUUUUGGGAUAUUUUUAUUGCCAGGACAAAUGAGAAGCAUUCCGAAGUUGCUGCAUCUUAUAUUGAGACUCAGUCGAUGAAGGCAAGGGAGCAACAACAGCAGCAGCAGCCGCAGUCACAACACCAACACCAACAACAGCAGCAAAUGCAGAUGCAGCAGCUUUUAUUGCAGAGGCAAGCUCAACAGCAACAGCAGCAGCAACAACAUCAGCAACAGCAACAUCAACAGCAGCAACAUCAGCAGCAUCAGCAACAUCAACAACAACAGCAACAACAGCAGCAGCAACAACAACAUCAGCAGCAGCAGCAGCAGCAACAGCAACAGCAACAGCAACGACGUGAAGGUGGCCACCUUCUGAAUGGUUCAGCUAAUGGGAUUGUUGGGAAUGAAUCUCUCAUGAGGCAAAAUACUGGUACUGCAAAUGCUUUGGCAACAAAGAUGUACGAAGAGAAAUUAAAGCUCCCUGUUCAGAGGGAUUCCUUGGAUGAUGCAGCCUUAAAGCAAAGAUUCGCAGAUAAUGUAGGCCAGCUUUUGGAUCCUAACCAUGCUUCAAUCUUGAAGUCAGCUGCAGCAGCUGGCCAGCCAUCUGGGCAAAUGCUGCACGGUUCUAGUGGUGGGGUAUCUCCUCAAGUUCAAGCACGAAGCCAACAAUUUCCGGGGUCUACACCAGAAAUCAAAACUGAAAUCAAUCCUAUUCUCAAUCCAAGAGGUGCUGGCCCUGAAGGAUCGUUGAUUGGAAUGCCUGGGUCAAAUCAAGGUGGUAACAAUUUGACGCUGAAAGGAUGGCCUUUAACCGGUCUCGAUCAGCUUCGUUCUGGUCUUCUCCAGCAGCCAAAGUCAUUUAUGCCGGGUCCUCAACCCUUUCAUCAACUACAGAUGCUAACACCUCAGCACCAGCAGCAGCUUAUGCUGGCACAGCAGAGUCUGACUUCCCCAUCUGCCAAUGAUGUUGAGAGCAGAAGGCUGAGGAUGCUUCUGAAUAACCGAAGUCUAUCUAUGGGGAAAGAUGGGGUCUCUAAUUCAGUCGGGGAUGUAAUUCCUAAUAUUGGAUCCCCAAUGCAAGCUGGUGGCCCGGGAUUGUCUCGUGCAGACCCAGAGAUUUUGAUGAAGAUGAAGAUUGCACAAAUGCAACAACAGCAACAACAGCAGCAGCAAAGCAAUAACCCAACGCUACAGCAGCAACAUCCACAGCAUAGUCUCUCGGGUCAGCAGCCUCAGAGUUCUAAUCACAAUCUCCAGCAAGACAAAAUUAUGGGUGCUGGCAGUGUUACGGGUGAUGCUAGCAUGUCUAAUUCCUUCAGAGGAAAUGAUCAGGCUUCUAAAAACCAGACAGGAAGAAAACGAAAGCAACCCGUAUCUUCUGGCCCUGCUAAUAGCUCAGGAACUGCAAACACAGCUGGUCCUUCUCCCAGUUCAGCUCCAUCGACGCCCUCAACACAUACACCAGGGGAUGUCAUGUCUAUGCCUAAUAUGCCACACAGUGGUAGUUCUUCGAAGCCUCUGAUGAUGUUUGGAUCUGAUAACACGGGCACCCUUACGUCACCAUCUAACCAGCUGUGGGACGAUAAAGAUCUUGCACAAGCUGACAUGGAUCGGUUCGUCGAUGAUGUUGAAGACAAUGUAGAGUCUUUUUUAUCCCAUGAUGAUGCCGACCCCCGAGAUGCAGUUGGCCGUAUGGAUGUUGUUAGCAAAGGGUUUACAUUUGCCGAGCUCAAUUCCGUUCGUGCUAGUUCAAAUAAAGUCGUGUGUUGCCACUUCUCAUCAGACGGGAAGUUACUCGCCAGUGGUGGUCAUGAUAAAAAGGCUGUUUUAUGGUUCACUGACUCUUUGAAGCCUAAAACCACACUUGAGGAGCACACGUCGCUUAUAACGGAUGUCCGUUUCAGCCCUAGCAUGGCUCGCCUUGCCACAUCAUCAUUUGACAAGACUGUCCGAGUUUGGGAUGUGGAAAAUCCUUCUUAUUCUCUUCGGACCUUCACCGGGCAUUCUUCUGGCGUGAUGUCGUUGGACUUCCACCCCAACAAAGAAGAUCUCAUAUGUUCCUGCGAUGGUGAUGGCGAAAUAAGAUACUGGAGCAUAAACAAUGGUAGCUGCGCAAGAGUUUUCAAGGGUGGAACUUCCCAAGUGAGAUUCCAACCCCGACUUGGACGGUAUCUUGCAGCGGCUGCUGAAAAUGUCGUGUCAAUACUGGAUGCGGAGACACAGGCAUGCCGGCAUUCCUUAAAGGGCCACACGAAACCUAUCCAUUCCGUCAACUGGGAUCCUUCGGGAGAACUCCUGGCAUCCGUGAGCGAGGAUUCUGUUAGGGUGUGGACGAUGAGAUCCGGGAGCGAAGGGGAGUGUGUGCACGAGCUUAGCUGCAACGGAAACAAGUUCCACUCUUGUGUUUUCCACCCUACUUACUCCUCGUUGCUAGUCAUCGGUUGCUAUCAGUCUCUAGAGCUGUGGAACAUGACGGAGAACAAGACGAUGACCCUCUCCGCGCACGACGGGCUGAUAGCGUCGCUGGCUGUGUCCACGGUGGCGGGCGUUGUUGCAUCCGCCAGCCACGACAAGAUCGUAAAGCUGUGGAAAUGAAGGUGUCUCAGAAUUACGUAGCUGUUUAACCGCAAUCGAAUUUUUGUCAGAUUUUGUAAUUUUAUUUUCUUGAUAGGUUUUUAUGGUGAAACAGAGUUGGUAGGUUUAGAAACUAACUGUUAAUCUGUUAUGUUGCUUCUGCUACUCAGUAACCUGACUCAAUUCAAUUACUACUUGAGAGUGCAUCAAAUUUAUCUUAA